UACCAAUGCCGAGGACUGUAGGGGCUAGAUGCUUUUGACAACACAGAUUUUACGCGGCAGAACGAGCUGCACUUUUUCUCUGUGCAUUCAGGCGGAUUUACAACGGUUUUCACUUGUCUGAGCACAGACAAAGACAUCACAGUAGGCCGAAAGUAUGGCCUCCGAGAAUGCGACGCCGGUGACGCGUCACGCGCAAGUGUGCACUGUCCCUGCGCUCUCAGCACUCUCACUGCUUUCCUAACUCGCCUUCAUUCCUCUCCGUGCUCCUUACAAGGACUGCAGUAGCGUUUUUUCCUCACCAGGAUCACAUCCCAGUCCCGUACACUCUACAUGAUCGAAACGAAACCAACUGCACGAACGCGAGAAUCGCCGAGUUUCCAGCCUGCUUAGGAAAGACAUGACUCCCAGCUGCCACGUUCGUAAGGUCGUCUACCCGAGAAUAUUUUUGUUUGGAGAUUCCUUGACGCAGCGGUCUUUCUCAGAGGAAGGCUGCUGGGGUUCACUCGUGGCCGAAGCGUUUGAAAGGCGGUGUGAUGUUGUGGUGCGAGGUUUCUCUGGCUACAACACACGCAUGUGCAAGUAUAUCCUGCCCAGGAUUUUUGGUCCGGAGGAUGCAGCAAGCGUGGCCGCAUUUGUCGUAUUCCUUGGAGCGAAUGACUGUAGUGAGCCCACAGACCAUGGGGCACAGAAUGUGCCUUUGAAGGAGUUCAUCUCGAAUCUGGAAGAAAUGCUGCAGCAUAUCAAGGUUUGUGGUGUACCCAUGAACAAAGUCAUCCUCCUGACACCUCCUCCUUACUGUGAUGAAAAGUGGGUGACUUGGUGCACGAAAACUGGCAGGGAUCUGGCAAGGCGCAACUUAGAGACGGUCUCCAGAUAUGUGGACGCAGUUUCUAAACUCGGUGAAGAGCAGCACAUAAAAGUCAUCGACAUCUUUGCUGCAUUCCAACAAGAACAGAACUGGCAGCGGUUGCUUCUAGACGGCCUACACCUGUCAAAGCCUGGCUCGCAGAAGCUUGCAAGAUGUCUGGUGCCUUUUCUCGAGCAAGCUGUUGGCCCCGUUCCUGCAAUAUUUCCCGACUGGAAGUGCAUAGACCCUGCAGAUCCAGAGAGCAGCAUAGCUUCCUGGACUCCAGACAGAUGAACUCUGUGGUGUACAUUUA